CAGGCAUCGUCGUUACCAUGGCAACCCUCCUUCUCAGUGGCAGUUUCUAGCGAGUAGCUGGAAAGGGGGAAACAGUGCCUGGCGCUGAGGGGUGACGGCGCCCGUAGGGAGCGUGUCCAGGGGGAGGGAUGCAGAAGAGAAUCGCUGUUUUCUAGACAACCCUCAACCGGUUCCUCAGCAUCCGUUAAAAAGACUGUUUGAAGCGCGUCACGAGGGAGAGGGCAGUGCUCCGCGCCGAUUGGUGAAAGGCGUCUGCAGGGCGUUUCUGCGGGCGGUGCUCAGCGGCGGUUGGCUAGUGGGCGCGAAGGGGCGUGGCAUCUAAAUCUGCGGCGGUUGGCUGCUGCGCACGCGCGAGGGCUCCUGGCGGGACUGUGCCUCAGCGCUACCCGGCCCAUCACCCAUGGCCGCCUCGCUGCGCCCCGUGCCGCCGCAGUCCGCCCCGCGCCGCCCAGCGCUCGCAGCUCCCUUGGGCCGUGACACGAGCGACGUCCUGCAGCAGAUCAUGGUCAUCACCGACCAGAGCCUGGACGAGGCCCAGGCCAGAAAGCAUGCCCUAAACUGCCAUCGGAUGAAGUCUGCCCUCUUCAGCGUGCUCUGCGAGAUCAAGGAGAAGACAGCCACGAGCAUCCGGCAUGAGGAAGAGGAUCCUCCCGACGCUCAGCUCCUGAGGCUGGAUAAUAUGCUGCUGGCUGAGGGUGUGUCCAGGCCAGAGAAGAGAGGACGAGGAGCAGCAGCAGGCACCACAGCAACACCAGGUGGCUGUCCAAAUGGCAAUAGCAUUGAGCACUCAGACUACAGGGCCAAGCUGUCCCAGAUCCGACAGAUUUACCACUCUGAGCUAGAGAAGUAUGAACAGGCCUGCCGUGAGUUCACCACACAUGUCACCAACCUUCUUCGGGAACAGAGCAGGGUGAGGCCUGUGUCCUCCAAGGAGAUGGAGCACAUGGUGGGUGUCAUCCACAGCAAGUUCAGUGCCAUCCAGAGGCAGCUCAAGCAGAGCACCUGUGAGGCUGUCAUGACCCUGCGCUCACGGCUCCUGGAUGCCAGGCGGAAGCGGCGGAACUUCAGCAAGCAGGCCACUGAAGUGCUGAAUGAAUAUUUCUACUCCCAUUUGAGCAACCCUUACCCCAGCGAAGAGACCAAAGAAGAACUGGCCAGGAAGGGCGGUAUCACGGUGUCCCAGGUCUCUAACUGGUUUGGCAACAAAAGAAUCCGGUACAAAAAGAACACAGGGAAGUUUCAGGAAGAGGCCACCAUGUACACUGAGAAAACAUCCACAGCCACCAAGGCCCAGGGCCCAGGGGGACAGCCCAGCCCAGGUUCCUGUGGCCCCUUUCCCCUGACCAGUGGAGGUGACAUGGUUCUCACCCUGCAGACCCUGGCCUUCCUUCAGCCCCCACCUGGGGGAGUCUACCUCCAGCCCCCGGCCCACGGAAGCUGGCAGAGGGCCACCACUCCACAGUCAGCCUCACCACCUGCUGGAGAUUCUGGCAGCUUCAACUCAGAUGUGUCUAAUUAAGUUUUGGGACCCUGGUUGGGUGCCAUGAGUGACUGGCCCUGUAUUCUGCCAAUUACCUCAGAAGCCCUGGCUGUGGCGAUACCCUUGGCCUGGCUGCUCACCUCCACCUUGGCACAAUUAUUUUAACCAACAAUUUGUUGGUUUAUUGUGGAUCAUUCGUCUCAGGCUUCCUUCCAAGCCACUCCAUUAAAGUUUUUGACUUGUCUGCA